AAAGACACUAAGAACUAGAAAUAAAUUUUUAGCUCUGUACGGUGAUAUACCUUUUCUCACACACCAUCACAGAGCUCAAGUAUUUAUCUAUCACACCCAUCACACCCAAACACAAACAAGCACUCAUAUUCACUCCAAGGUCUUAAAAAUGCCUAGAAAAGGAAUGAGGAGUAUUUGCUUCAACUCCAAAACUUCAUCUUUCUCUAUGUCUCGAUAUUCUUCGCCUGCAAGAAACUCAAUUUCAACAGGUACUCCUCGACGCAGCUUUUCGGAGUCAUUGAUCGAGCAGAGCAUCGAAGCGGCCACGGUUUUGAUAAACAAGUGGAACCCAGAAACCUCCACUUAUGCCAAAGUCACAUCUUUGUUCUACGAGAGCAAAAGUGAAGCCAUGCAAUUCAUCAGGUGCGUGAACGAUCUUCAGAAAUCCAUGCACGCCUUGGUCACCGAGAACUCGACCUCGGAGAAGCUCGUGCACGCACAGAACCUUAUGCAGAUAGCCAUGAAGAGACUCCAGAAGGAGUUCUAUCAAAUCCUUUCCAUGAAUCGAGCUCACUUGGACCCCGAAUCAGUCUCCGCUCGAUCCUCACGCGCCUCCGCUCGAUCAAGCAUUUCUGAUUUCGACGAUGGUGGCUCAGUCUCACACGAUGAUGAAGUGCGCAACGUAGGCGAUUCAAUCGAUGAAGUCGAAGAAGUUUCUUCCAUAGCUAUGACUGACUUGAGAUCCAUAGCUGAGUGUAUGAUCUCUUCUGGUUACGCCAAAGAGUGUAUCAGUAUAUACAAAAUUAUCAGAAAAUCGAUUAUCGACGAAGGCAUUUAUCGACUUGGUGUUGAAAAAAUUAGCUCCUCACAAAUCAAUAAGAUGGACUGGGAAGUUCUCGAUCGCAGAAUCAAGGAUUGGUUGGAGGCAGUGAAAGUUUCGAUGGCAACUCUUUUCAACGGAGAGAGAAUCCUCUGCGACCAUGUUUUCGCUUCCUCAGACUCGAUCAGAGAAUCUUGUUUCACUGAGAUUUCCAAAGAAGGAGCUACUCUUCUCUUCGGAUUCCCCGAACUCGUAGCUAAGAGCAAGAAAUCUCAUCCUGAGAAAAUUUUCCGUGUGCUCGACAUGUACACAGCGAUUUCAACCAACUGGAUCGAAAUCGAUUCCAUCUUCUCAUUCGAAUCAACCGUCACCGUUCGAGCUCAAGCUCUCAACUCGCUGAACAAGCUCAGCGACACGGUCCGCUCAAUGCUAUCGGAGUUCGAGUCAACAAUGCAAAAGGACUCGUCGAAGUCGAAAAUCCACGGUGGCGGCGGUGUUCACACUCUGACUCUCACCACCAUGAACUACCUCUCUCUCCUCGCCGAUUACAGUAACAUCCUCGCAGACAUUUUCGCCGACUGGCCUCCGCCGCCGAGAUCAUCGUUACCGGAAUCUUACUUCGAAAGUCCAUCCACCGAUGACUCUCCGGCACCGGCGAUUUCCAUGCGCAUGGCUUGGUUAAUCGUCGUACUUCUCUGCAAACUCGACGGCAAAGUAGAACAUCACAAAGACGUUUGUCUCUCGUACAUAUUCUUAGCCAAUAACCUUAACCACGUUGUCUCCAAAGUCCAAACCUCGAACUUGAAGUACCUUCUCGGCGAGGAUUGGAUCGCAAAGCACGAAGAAAAAAUGAAACUAUUCGCCGCGAAUUACGAGAGAUUAGCGUGGGGCCCAGUGAUUGCAACGCUGCCGGAAAAUCCAACUGCCACGAUUACUCCAGCUCAGGCGAAGGAAAUUUUCAGGAAAUUCAAUUCGAGCUUCGACGAAACUUGUAGGAAACAGAGCUCGUUUGUCGUAUCGGACCCGAAACUCCGAGACGAAAUGAAAGUCUCAUUAGCAAGAAAGAUUGUCCCAAGUUAUCGGGAAUUCUACGACGCUCACAGGUCUAAUGUUGUUGGAGAGCGCAAUGUUGGGUUAAUUGUCAGAUUUGCUCCUGAGGAUGUGGGGAAUUACUUGUCGGACCUUUUCUUUGGGAACAACAAUAACUCGGGGAGUACAAGUGUUUCUUCUUCGUAUUCCUCGUCUCAUCAACGACAUUCGUGGUCUAGAGGUUAAGGGCUGUUCGGUAGUAAUGGUUAAAUAUUGUUGUUCAAUUUUCUGUGAAAAUACUUGUUAGAUAUAUUAUUAUUAUUUGAAUACUAAAAAUGGUUGUUUUAACAACAAUAUCAAACAGUUUUUGGGCUUAGUUGGCGAUUUUUUGUUUUGAGAGCCAAAUUUUGACUUUUUUUACUCGAUUAUAUAUAAAGAUGUACAUGUUGUUCAUAGUUUUU